CGAGAGGCAAAGACGCAGAAGCGCUGAAGGAGCAGGGCUGGGCAGUGGGUUUGCGCUCAUCAGAAACCCUCCUCAUACAUCUAUUGUAUAUCUGUCGGAUGCUGCGUGUCCAUUAUACAGCUGUACGCAUGAUGCACUAAGGGUCAAAGGGUGACCUUCUGAGGCAGAUAUGAGUCUGACAUCCUGGUUUUUGGUGAGCAGCAGUGGGACCCGCCAUCGUCUUCCCCGGGAGAUGAUCUUUGUGGGGCGGGAUGAUUGUGAGCUCAUGUUGCAGUCCCGCAGCGUGGACAAACAGCAUGCAGUCAUCAACUAUGAGACAAACACAGAUGAACAUAAAGUGAAGGACUUGGGCAGCUUAAACGGGACUUUUGUCAAUGACGUCAGGAUACAAGAGCAAGUUUAUGUCACACUAAAAACUGAUGACAAACUUAGAUUUGGAUACGAUACCAACCUUUUCACCGUGGUUCAAGGAGAGCUACGUAUUCCUGAGGAGGCCCUCAAGCAUGAGAAACUGAGUAGCCAACUUCAGAUGAUCCAGAGGAAACCUGCUGAGCCAGAAUCACCCAAAUGUGGGGUGAAGCCUUUAGACGCAGCUGAGGCAUCAGGUUCGGAUGGGGCCACCGCCAAACCACCAGAGUCCAGCAGGUCAGAGGAUAAGUCAAUAGGAGACACAGCAGUUUUACACAGAGGCACUCCCCUUUACGGGCAGCCUGCUUGGUGGGGAGAUGGAGCCACCGAUAAUCAACAUUCUGGAAAACCUGAAGAAAAGACCUCUGACAAGAAGAAAGAGAAGUCAGAAAUAGACACAAAGAAAAGUACAGAGAUUCUAAAGUCUUCCUCUCAAUCAGCUUCUAAUCAAGAACCUAGUUACUUUGAAAUCCCAACUAAGGAUGCUCCCACAGCAUCUAAAACAAGCAGUGAACUUCCUUCACAAGAACAAGGAACCAACGCGUCUCUUGCUGCCUUGGAACCCAUCCACGGUCAUGCCUCAUUCACCAUUGAGUUUGAUCCAGGGGCAUCAGGUAAAGUGAUGGUCAAGGAUCGAGUAGCAAAGGUGGGAGGAGAGACACGCCCCCGACCAAAAAGGGCCCCUGGGGAGGAGCUGAGUCCCCUUCAGACAGCUAUGGUGGCAGCGGAGGUUAAAGUUGCAGACUGGCUAGCUCAGAAUGAGCUUCCUUUGCCUCUGAAAGAGACAGCAGCAGAUGAUGAUGGAGAGAGUGCAAAGAGUGAUGUUCCUGUACAUCUUAGGAGUCUUAAAGGCAGUAAACAUGAGGAUGGCACUCAAAGUGACUCAGAGAAUGCUCAUGGAGAGAAGCGCAGGGCUACAGCAGUUGAGGAGCGCUCAUGGGGGCUUUGGGGCAGUGCUGGCUUUAAAGAAGGUCGCGCAAAUGUACCAGAGGGCCUGUUUGCAGAAGAGGACAGUCCUGCACGGCGUUGCAAGUCUUCAACUUCCAAAAGGCAAAGUGGGUUGGCGGAGAGGCGACGUGGCUCAGCACCACAUCACCAGAGUGGCCGGGACGAGUGUUAUGGACAUAGAGAUGAAUAUAGUGACAGAGGAACUUACGUCAUUGAGCUGGAGAAUGGGAACUAUGAAGAGAAAGAGGCUCGGAAAUUGAUUGACAAGGUGUUUGGUUUGGAUGACCAGCAUAUUUCUAGGCUGGGAGGAACUGACCAAAGAGAGCGACUGUCUUCCCAGAGGUCUGGUUCAAGAGACAGAGAAAAGACUGGACGUCUAGAGGCAGAGAUCUUGUCUGAAGAUUUGAUGGUGGGUGGUCCUCGCUGGGUGUCACAGUGGGCCACUCUUGCUGCAAGCCACAUUCGUACAGACCCUGAAGGGUCAGGAGGGGACAGUCACACCAUGGUCUCAGAGAGCAGAGAAUCCAGCCACAUAGCCUCUUCACACAAAGAACGUAAAAGAAGAACCUUACCCCAACUACCUGAUGAAGAGCUUGCUUUGGGAAGAAGGUCCCCCGGUGGGUGUCUGCACACAGAUACGGGUGAAAAGCAGGACACAGAGCUUCAGGAGAAAGAGAACCCAGAGGAAAGGUCGUCAAGAGGAAGAAUCCAUAGUGGUCAAGGCAUCGAGGGUGUCGGCAGCCCCAGUCGAUCUUCUCCAGCCAAAUCACAGGACAGUGGUGGUGGUAAAUCAAGUCAGUCAGGUGUCCUGAUAAAGCUCCCUCCAUGUCCAAUUACCAGUGGACAGAAGAGACUGGAGGAGUCACGGAGGAGAAAAAAAGAGGAGGAGAAGGCUAGGGAUAGCACUGGGAAACCAUUGCUGAGGCAGGAGAGCUUCACUGUGGAGAAACCAAGCACCAGCAUACCAAUAGAACUCAUCCCACGUAUUGAUGCCUAUACAGGUACCAAAAAUCAUAGUACAGCAGGGGGCGUAGAUAAUGUUGCACUUCAAAAAGACUCAGAAGCUGUGGCCGCUUUUCUAGAGAGCACUGUGUCAGACCAAGGCGACCCCCCCAGUCAAUCUAUUGAAGGUUCCAUGUCUCCAGAAUCAGAUGUUGAUACAACAAGCACGAUUAGCCAAGCCGAUGGUGUCAGAAAAGUAGUUCAGAAACGCCGUAUCCUAGCAGGGCAGCAGAAGGAAAGGACAGUAUUAUGCACCUCUAACAAAGGCCCUGCUGGAAGCCGAGCACCUCAAGAAAGGAGGGGGAAGAGCAAAACAUCUGGCCCUCAACAGCCAAGUCACCCCUCUACUUCCCUGGACCUCACUGAUGAUGAUAUCAACUCAAACUCUGUCCUCUCUGACACACAAGAAUCAAAGGUCUCAAACCAUAGAUCCCAAACAGUUGGGGCCAGCACCAAGUCCAGCCGGGCUAAGGUUACGCAGGCUUUAGUUCCCUCUGCUCAAAGCAAAAGCAGUAAUGCUCCCAAGCCAAGACCUACUCGGACAUCCCUUUUGAGGCGAGCUCGGCUGGGAGAUUCCUCAGAUACCGAACCUGCUGAUAUUGACAGGAUGUCAGUAGCUUCUGAGGCAUCCACUGCCAGCUCCACAUCAAGGACAGGGAUUGCAAGAAGGGGAAUGUCUAGAAUAGAGGCUCUAGCACAGCCAAGGAGACCUAGAGUUGGGUCUCCGUCUGCCCAGAGCGACUCAGAAGCAACUGUGGCAAAAAGCAGAGGACUGGCUGCUCGAAGUACGGCAGGCGAAUAUGCACUCCGGCAAGGAUUGAGAGGUUCAAAUGUAGGCUCACUGUCCGGACCUCGAGCCAGAGCUAAUAGUGCUUCCAAGCUGCCUGAUAAAACUAAAGGAACUUCAUCAUAUGGGCAUAUCACACCUUCAUCUGGAACUCGGUGGCGCCGUGUUCCUGUAGAGUAUGCGUCCACCUCAGAGGAUGAGUAUGGCUCAAAUCGCCACACAUCUAAACAGGGGCAAACGAGGCCGUUCCCUUCAACCAGAGUGGCCCAGUUAGGAGGAUCAGCUCCAGCUACACCCAACCCUGCAGGUCUGGCCAGCUUGAAGCAAAAUUCCAGGGAGCAGGAUGACUACAUGAGAGACUGGACAGCACACAGUGAAGAAAUAGCCAGGAUCAGCCAGGAUUUAGCUAAAGAUUUAGCCAUGCUGGCCCAAGAGAUUCAUGAUGUGGCUGGAGAGAUUGACUCAGUCAGCCCUGCAGCUACUGACCCUGGAGCUCUGCUAAAGGAGUCUGUAUUUAAUGAUGUUGUGGAUCUGGGAGGUCCCACUGCAGAGCAGAGUGGGAUUCUGGGAGCUGAUGGGCAAGCUGUGGAGCUCCGACAACGCAGUUCAAAUGAACAGAGCUCUCGCUCUAUCCGGCGGCAAACAUGGAAUAGAGAUGAUCUGUAUUUUGACAAUGUGCUGCUCACUUCUGUGACUCAACUCUCGACCAGAAUACGGCAGUCUGUGGACAAAACUGCCUGUAAAGUCAGGAUCCUCUUCAAGGAUAAGGAACGGAAAUGGGACGAGAUUGAGACCAAACUGCAGGCAGAACAUGACUCCUUAGUUCUCAAAAGCUCCAACAAGGAGAUUUCAACAGUUAUUCAAGACCUGAAAAGAGUGGAAAGGCAACUUUCAGUUAUCGACAUGAUGGUGGACCCAGAUGGCACCCUGGACGCUCUUUCCAGCAUGGGUCUGACAAGUCCUGUAAGUGACCCGAAGACCAGUCCUGGUGCUCAGCAGGGGGCACCAUUAUCACAUACGGGAGCCCAGAUAUCCAGCAAACUGUCAGCAGCCAAGGUUGAAGAAUUUUCUGGUGAGCCAUGUGGAUCAUCCAAGCAUGCAGAAGAGACAAAGAACCCUCAUAAGGGUGUUUGAUCCUUAAUAAAAUAAUAUCCAAUCAUUCUUUUUAAUGUAAGAACUGACAGGAAGUCCUUGGAAAGGACACUGGUGUCGGGUCUAGUCAUUUUUUUGUUAGUUUUUCUUUUCUAAGGGAAAGUAUUGGAAGGUGAAUGAAACUUUAUCAUAGUAAAGUUCGUUGACCCUGUUGUCAGCUCCUUUGCGGUCUGUCCGAAGGAAAUACGUUAAGAGGAGACUAGAGUAUUUACCAUGAACCAUGUUUUUCUGUUGCAGCCAAUUUUUACCGAGAUAUUCUUCAAGACAAAAAUCAAAACUAUUGAUGCGGUUUAAAGGUUUUUUACUCUCAAAUCCCUGUUAAAGGCAUAUAAGUCUAUAAACAAACAAAGUAAAGCAGAGAGAAAAUUCUUAUUUAAAGGGCAUUUAACAUCCAUUUUAUAGCUUUUCCUUUUCAAUUCAGUCAUGACCAAAACAAAAGUAAUAAUAUAAAGAAAAGCAUAAGAAAAAUGCAAUAAUAGCUAGCAUUUUUUUGACAUUAAUGAUUCAAUUGUCAACCUUGCAAAUCAGUGCAUAACACCAUUUCCAUCCAAGACAAAAUUUGUGUUCCUAAUAUCUUGAUCUAAAGUAAAGACCUAUUAUAAAGAUCUGGAUUCUAAUGAAUUUAAUUUGGGAUCUCUACACCUAACAUGUAAGCAAUCUGCAGAGGGAAUUAAAAAAAAGUGUUAAAGAGCUAAAGUGCCGGAUGACAUGCUGGAAAAAACAUUUUGAUUUAAAAUAAUUUAGUUAUGGUAGCAUUCAGGGCUGCUUAAGUAACUGGAUUUCUAAGCAUAUCCUUAUUCUAACAAAGGUGCUGGUUCUCCCAUAAACUAUGUUACAACAAUAAACCACUUUCUAAUGAACUUUUUUUUAUUUAAUCAAUCAGUUUAUGCUUUACUUAGAAUUCUGUUUUUACCAAAGAGAUUGAUUUAACUUUCUUUUGUGAUCAAUUAAUUAUGCUCCAACUAAAUUGAAUAAAACUUGAAAUACUUAGAAGUUAUCAGAUGGCACUUGCAGUCAAAAGCCCUUCUCUUUGCUUAGGUACAAAAGAAAAAAUCUAACUUCAUAAAUGUAUUUCAUUUGCAAUCAAAGGCAAGAAAAUGUGAAAAAACAGAUAAGUCACUGAAAACAGCCCCAACAACUGUUAUUAUUUAAUGUGAUCUGCAGCCAAUAGUAGAUGUUGAGAAAAAUGCUGUAAAAGUCAUAACUUUUAUAUCUGAUACAUGUAAUGCUCAAAAGGAGCUUCAGUGGUGUAGGUGGUAACAUGUAUUUCCAUUAGAAAGGUUGUUUACAUCAAUAAACAGUUUAUUCCCCAAUGUUAAAUUAAAUUAUAUCAAGAAAUUAGCAUCCAGAUUACAGGUUAUCAUCCACAUGCAAUAUUCCCUUGCUGUUUUAAAUGACCUUUUUUGCUGUCAAAAACAAUCCAAUUAAAAUAAAAUAAAUUAUUUGGAUGUUUUUAUUAUUUUAUGUUUUAUGCCCUCCAUGUUUUUCUAUAUUUUACAGCUCCAAGACGUGAAGAUAUUUGCCCUUAAAAGAGGAUAAAUUUUAUCAUAAUAGAAACCAAAAGGAAAUGGUGUAAAAUAAGUGUCCUUCCUUUCUGCCAUAGAGCUUAUUUAAAUAAAUAUUAAGCCUGUUUCCCUUUUUUCCUGUUUAUUAGUUUUUUUUUUGUCAAUUUCCAAUCACAAAUCUCCAAAACAAUAUCCUGAAAGGAAAUAAACUGGCAAUGCAAGAUAUCUAAAGUUUAAAUCUCUAUCCAUUCUUUGUGUUGAAGUCCUUAAAGUUAAGUGUACUUUUGAACAGAACUCGGUUGUUAUUAGAAACUAUAAAGUGAAAUGUAGCUCAAGUAGUCAAUUUUUCUCUUGCAAACUUUUGUCACAAGUGCCCUAGACAAAACAAUCAUUUAAGAGAGAACAAAGACAGAGGAGAGAAGGAAGUGGACUUUGUGUCCUUGCACACUAUAAGUACUGAUUAACUUGUACAUUUGUAUUAAUCUUUGCGGGACCAAGGCAUAAUGUUCCUAAAUGACACACACUUAUCAUGUUUAUGAUGUUUACCAAAAGCAGGGUUAAAAACCAGCUAUCAGGACAUGAAAGUUCUCACAGACUGACUGCAGACACAAUAUUGUGUUGGAACCAACAGGGACUACCUCUGAGUCCUGCAUUUUACUACUAAUAAUGCAACCAAGCUGUUAUGUCUUGCCUGAUACCAAUGUUUACACUUGAAUGUACCCUGAUAAGAACUGCUGUAAAAAACUUUAGCAAAAUGACUUUAUUAGAGAGGAAUAACAGUGUGCUCAGCACACUUCCUCUAUAAUUCUGCUAAUUUGUUUGAAGAUAUUUCUUUUUUAGAUGUUUGUAUGUCUUUUUUUUCAUGUUGUUUGCUUAAAUGUUGACCUUACAAUAAAUGUCUUGUUUGUCUCAUUUACAAUAAAAUGCAUGAUCAUCUUGA